AAUUAGGUUCUGUUCGAAAACACAUCGGAAAUGACGACAGGAAAAAAAAAAAAAAACACACACACAUCGACGUAGUUGUAGUAGAAUCGAUCCAAAAAUGUUAAGUAGAUAUUUUCCAGAUAGGAUUGUUGAUGAAAGGGGCAGAUGAAGAAUGUGUGGCUCUCCUCUCUUUCACAACACUCCACAAAACCCUUUGUCUCCUCCUCAUUUGGAGAUGUCACUAACUCAUCUUCUCUGAUUCACCAACAUCCUAAAACCCUUUUGAUCAAAACAUGGCUUCCAUUUCCAGAAUCUUACCAACAGAUGGCAGAUUAAGUCAAUGCAGAAUCAACACCUCGUGGGUUCCUUCUACAACCAGAACUCAAACUCACUUAGAUUUUCCCAAGUUAGUUUCUGUUAGUAACUCUGGGAUAAGUUUGAGGAUUCAGAAUAGUAAACCUAUUAGCCCUGUCUUUGCUCUUGAAGCAACUUCCUCCAGGAGGGUUGUUUGCAAAGCUGCUGCUGGUGUGUCAGGUGACUUACCUGAGAGUACUCCUAAGGAACUUAGUCAGUAUGAGAAGAUUAUUGAGCUUUUGACAACCCUUUUUCCACUUUGGGUUAUUUUGGGAACACUUGUUGGCAUCUUCAAGCCAUCCUUGGUUACAUGGUUGGAAACAGAUCUCUUUACUCUAGGUCUUGGAUUUCUUAUGCUUUCCAUGGGUUUGACUCUUACGUUUGAAGAUUUCAGAAGAUGUUUACGUAAUCCAUGGACGGUGGGUGUUGGUUUUCUUGCUCAAUAUAUGAUCAAGCCAAUUCUAGGUUUUCUCAUUGCAAUGACUCUUAAGCUUUCGGCACCUCUUGCGACUGGCCUUAUCCUAGUCUCAUGCUGCCCUGGAGGACAGGCGUCAAACGUUGCUACUUACAUUUCCAAGGGGAAUGUAGCGCUCUCUGUACUCAUGACAACGUGUUCAACCAUUGGGGCUAUUAUAAUGACUCCUCUUCUUACUAAGCUUCUUGCUGGUCAGCUUGUUCCCGUUGACGCUGCUGGACUUGCUCUUAGUACGUUCCAAGUAGUGUUGGUUCCUACCAUAAUUGGAGUUCUGGCAAAUGAGUUCUUUCCUAAAUUUACGUCUAAGAUCAUAACAGUGACGCCUCUAAUCGGAGUCAUUCUGACUACUCUGCUCUGUGCCAGCCCUAUUGGACAAGUUGCAGAUGUUUUGAAAACCCAAGGAGCUCAACUUAUACUCCCGGUGGCACUCCUUCAUGCUGCAGCCUUUGCUAUUGGCUAUUGGAUUUCAAAGUUUUCUUUCGGCGAGUCCACUUCGCGUACCAUUUCUAUAGAAUGUGGAAUGCAAAGUUCAGCGCUCGGGUUCUUGCUUGCACAAAAGCAUUUCACAAACCCUCUAGUUGCUGUUCCUUCUGCAGUCAGUGUUGUCUGUAUGGCGCUUGGCGGGAGCGGCCUGGCCGUGUUCUGGAGAAACCUACCGAUUCCGGCAGAUGACAAGGAUGACUUCAAAGAGUAAAUGAAGUAGGAAAGGCGGUUUGCAUCUUCUCCAAACGAUGUGAUUGUUUUGUUGUAAUGUUAGUAAACAUUACAAAAUUUGUGUUGAAAAACAUGAAACAAAAUGUGUUUAAGAGACAUAGAAACAAGGGCGUGCAUGAUGACAACUUUGUGGUCAACCUUUUUUUUAUUUCUCAAUUAAUGGACAAAUCUUUUUUGGCACACCUUCUCCAAAUUUUGAAUCUAAGUUUCAGAUUGGGAUUAGCGUUGUUCCCGGAAUCCUGUCUACUCUCACAAUGCACUCCCUCAUUUCCAGCCAUGACUUCUCUUAGCUCAUAUACGUCUUUUGUCAGCAAUGAUAAGUUUUGAUGUUUUUAGCAUUAGGUGGUUUUGGUGAAUUUUCAUUUUAAAUUAGAUUUGAGUGUU